AUGGACGAUGCCCUCCUGGAGUUGAUAAACACGUGCGAUGGAAGAUACUGCCGAAUCACAUCUGCAGCAGCAGACGAGCUGCAUGCUCUACUCGAGAUGGUCGACUUCAUGCUGGCUGAAAACGGUGUGACCGGUUACACGGACACCAUGCUGACUGAAGCUCAGGAAAGGAACACAGAAGACUCGGCCAUGAAGAUGCUGAAACAGAAGGUGCGGGAGGUCGAGGAGAAGGAGCAGGCAUUCAAGCAACUGAUUCAACAACAAGAGCAGAGAAGAGCCAAAGAGAUGGAGGAGCUGAAGGCGAAACAUGCAGAGCAAAGAAAGAAGGAGACAGCCGAAAAGAAACAGCAUGAGACAAAGAGAGAGAGCCUGGAGGAGGCUGUGACGAGCCACAGAGCCAUGCUGCAGCUCCAGAUGAGUGCCACUGAUGAUGUUCACACGGAGAAGAUGUCGGUCAUGCUGUUGGGUCUUUCUGGCAGCGGGAAGUCCUCUGCUCUAAAUCUAAUUCUAGAGAGAGCAGGUAAUCGAUACUCAACUGAUGAGUCGAGUCAAGAACCCCCUCAGCCCACCUUGUUUUGUGAGAGAAAGGAGGUGUUUGCAGCAGGGAGGCAGCUCCUCCUGGUGGACACCCCCGAGCUGUGGGACGAGGAGGGGGCGGAACAUCUGGAGCUGGUCAAGGACUCCUUGGCUUUGUCCUUACCUGGACCCCACGUCUUCUUGCUGGUGCUCCAACUGGGGCGCUUCAUCCAGGGCGAGUGCGAGAUGCUUGUGCAUCUGCAGAAGAUCUUUGGACGGAACUUUGCAGAGCACGCCAUGGUCCUCUUCGUUCGCUUCGAUGGCAACCAGCACAGGCCUCAGAGGAUCAACGACUACGUGGCCGGAGCCCAUGCAACCCUCCAGGACCUCAUCCGGAAGUGUGGGAGCCGUUAUCAUGAGCUGAAUGUCACAAAGUCCCAGAAUGCUCUGAGCUAUCCUCAGGUUAAAGACCUGCUCUCAGGGAUCAACAAACUGGUAGCUUCACACGGAGGACGCUCCUACUCGGUGAAGAGGUUUUCUUUGCAGGAGCUGCAGGAGAGGAAGAAAGUGAUUAGGAAGAGAAAGGACGGGGCUUUGGAGAGGGACUGCUUAUUAAGAGAUGCUUGA